AACGCAGCAGUCUGCCUCGGCUGAACGGUGACUGUACACAUUCAAGAUGGCCGCUGCGAUGGACGACGAAUUUGAAGACGCACCUGAUGUGGAGCCUUUAGAACCGACUCUGAAGAACAUAAUCGAACAGAAAUCCCUGAAAUGGAUCUUCGUUGGUGGGAAAGGUGGUGUCGGUAAAACCACCUGCAGCUGUAGUUUGGCCGUCCAGCUGGCUGCCGUCAGAGAGAGCGUCCUCAUCAUAUCCACAGAUCCUGCCCAUAACAUUUCUGAUGCUUUUGAUCAGAAAUUCUCGAAGGUGCCUACUAAAGUUAAGGGCUACGACAACCUCUUUGCAAUGGAGAUUGACCCGAGCCUGGGUGUCGCCGAACUGCCUGACGAAUUCUUCGAGGAGGACAACAUGCUCAGCAUGGGCAAGAAAAUGAUGCAGGAAGCCAUGAGUGCUUUCCCUGGCAUUGACGAGGCCAUGAGCUACGCAGAGGUCAUGAGGCUAGUGAAAGGAAUGAACUUCUCAGUUGUGGUGUUUGACACUGCGCCGACCGGCCACACGCUGCGUCUGCUCAACUUCCCCACCAUCGUGGAGCGAGGGCUGGGUCGCCUCAUGAAAAUUAAGAACCAGAUCAGCCCCUUCAUUUCUCAGAUGUGUAACAUGCUUGGUCUGGGUGACAUGAAUGCAGACCAGCUGGCGUCCAAACUGGAGGAAACUCUACCAGUCAUUCGCUCCGUUAGUGAGCAGUUCAAAGAUCCUGAACAGACGACCUUCAUCUGUGUUUGUAUCGCCGAGUUCCUGUCGCUCUAUGAGACGGAGCGGCUGAUCCAGGAACUGGCCAAGUGUCGCAUCGACACACACAACAUCAUCGUCAACCAGCUGGUUUUCCCCGAAGCAGAGAAACCUUGCAAGAUGUGUGAAGCCCGCCACAAAAUUCAGUCCAAAUAUUUAGACCAGAUGGAGGAUCUUUAUGAAGAUUUCCACAUAGUUAAGUUACCGCUGCUGCCUCAUGAAGUUCGAGGUGCCGACAAGGUCAACACGUUCUCGAAGCAGCUUCUGGAACCAUACAAACCCCCAAACAAGUGAUCUCUCACUUGUCGGACCUCUUCUCAACGUCCCCCUUCCCUCCUGCCCCCCCCCCUUCCCUCCGAGUUUGUAGACAAAACACUUCAACAGUCUGAACGCGACUGCUCCGAGUUUUCCCACCCCACCCCGUCUUAAACUUUGCAGCAACAGCCUCAUAAUGAUCCACUCUGUCCUCUGAAGCAGAACGCUCCUACAUCAACAACACACUCACAUUCCCAAACUGAAGGAGAGCUGAUGAGAACACGCACGCACGCACACACACACACACACACACACACAACCUGCUGUAUUGUGAGAUGAAGCGGUGCGUAUAUGCAGUCUAACUCUUGGUUUAUUCUCUCGUGUUCAUAUCCUUUGUGGCAGUCGUUCUAGUCUUACUGCAUUCAUCUUGGCCUCAACAGAACCGUCCCAUCUCGGGUCAGAGUUCAGCCGCGAUUCUGACCGUUUCCUUUGACAGUUCUGUUUGUUUAAAAGGUUCCAGAUGGUUGAAGUCAACACCUCGGUUUGUCUGUGUGAUUUUGGUGCUUGUGUCUUUUUUUUUUCAGUCAAGGUUUUGACUGAACUUGCAACCAAAUUCACGUCUUGUAUAUUUUUCCAGUUUCAUUGAAGUUCCUACAACUUCAGAGUUAAAUGACAGGUUGUUGGCAAAAAGGAAUAAAAAGAGAAAUGUUACCUUUUUUUGGGGGGUGGGUUCAGUUCUUGAGGGUCAUUUUUAUUCCAAUAAAAGUGCAAGAAUG